AUGGUGGACAUGGGCCUCACCUCCAUCACCCUGCCCCAUGCUCUGGUGCAGGCCCAGACCCACCAUUGGACUGUCCCCUUCAACAGCUGCAUGGCCCAGGUUUUCCUCUACCUGGCGGUGGGCACGAUGGAGCUCUACCUGCUGGCUGCCAUGGCCUACGACCGCUACGUGGCCGUCUGCGACCCGCUGCGCUACACUGCCAUGGUGACGCAAUCUCUGUGCCUCAAGAUGGUGAUGGCAGCUGCUUCAUUGGCCCUGGUGAUCUCGCACGCCAUUUUGCACACCGUCAUGGCCGCCCAGCUGCGUUACUGUGGCAACCGCCUGCAGCAUUUCUUCUGUAACCUGCAAAUCCUGCUGCGCCUCUCCUGCACCCGGCCCAUUGUCCACGAGCUGGUGGUCUUCACAGAGGGCGUCCUGGUGGUGCUGGCUCCUUGCGCCUUCAUUCUGGCCUCCUAUGUCCGCAUCGGUGUUGCCGUGAGCCGCCUGCGCUCUGCCCAAGCCCUGCGCAAGGCCCUCUCCACCUGCGGCUCCCACCUGACCGUGGUGACACUCUUCUACGGCACCGUGAUCUUGCCCUACCUCCGCCCAAACUCCAGCAAUGCCCAGGAGCAUGACCGGGUGGCGGCCAUCUUCUACACCGCUGUGGCGCCCGCCCUGAACCCCCUCAUCUACAGCCUGAGGAACAAGGACGUGGCUGCGGCCCUGACGAGGGUGAGGAGGAAGUUCCUGGCUCGGGGCAAAUGA